CACCAUCCUUCUUCUUCUUUCUUUAAUUUUCUUUUCUCUACUCUGAACCGAGAGGACAAGGUGGUGGAGAAAUAACAAAACAAUCAACAAGAGACAUGUCUUGUAACAAUGGCUUAGCUUUCUUUCCUCCAAAUUUCAGUCUCCAAAACCAUCACCAAGAAGAAGAAGAUCAUCCUCAACUCCUUCAAGACUUCAAUGGGUUUCUAGGUAAGAGAUCUCCAAUGAACAACGUACAAGGGUUUUGCAAUUUGGAGAUGAACGGAGAGGAAGAGUAUUCAGACGAUGGAUCUAAGAUGGGAGAGAAGAAGAGGAGACUAAACAUGGAGCAAUUGAAGACGCUAGAGAAGAACUUUGAGCUUGGUAACAAACUCGAGUCAGAUCGUAAACUAGAGCUGGCUCGUGCUUUGGGAUUACAACCUAGACAAAUCGCUAUUUGGUUCCAAAACAGAAGAGCUCGAUCCAAAACAAAACAGCUAGAGAAAGACUACGACAUACUUAAGCGUCAGUUCGACAGUCUCAGAGAUGAAAACGAAGUUCUUCAAACUCAAAACCAAAAGCUUCAAGCUCAGGUAAUGGCAUUGAAAAGCAGAGAACCAAUAGAAUCAAUCAAUCUGAACAAAGAUACGGAAGGAUCAUGUAGUGACAGAAGUGAGAACAUUUCUGGUGACAUAAGACCACCGGAGAUGGACAGCCAAUUCGCUUUAGGCCAUCCACCGACAGCUACAACGAUGCAGUUCUUUCAGAAUCCAUCGUCAGAACAGAGAAUGGUGAAAGAAGAGAACAGUAUCAGUAACAUGUUCUGUGGAAUUGAUGACCAGUCUGGCUUUUGGCCAUGGCUUGACCAGCAACAUUACAAUUGAAAUGUGAUUCCAUAUUUCUUUUUUUUUUUUUUUUGUAUCAAAUUAAAUUUUGUAACAUUCUUGUUCUUUAAAAAGAAGUGAUCAGACGAUCCCAUUUCAUA